AUGUUUGAGACCCCCAGAGACAACAGCUUGACUUUUCUGCCAGCAAGAUGCAAGCUCUGCACAAGCUUCUGCUCUGUCAUCUUCUGGCAUGUCUGGGACCUAACGCACUUGGGAGUGAAAUCAUACACGGACAAAUUGCUCCACAGAACCAGAUGCUGUAUAUGGCCUCAUUGCAGACCAGAGAUGAACAUGUGUGUGGAGGCUCCCUCAUCAGUGACAACUUUGUCCUCACAGCUGCACACUGUGCUGAUUAUCCACUGGUGAGGGUUGUUUUGGGAACCCACAAUCUCAGACACAGUGGGACAGUGCGAACCAUUGUGCAGAGAUGCAAGCACCCUAAUUAUCGGCAUCACAGAACAGGAAGUGACAUCAUGCUCCUCAAACUGUCUCAGAGUGUUCCAGUGGGAAGAACAAUACGACGCAUUCCUCUCCCCCCUCCUAAUAUGAACCUCCAGUCCAACCAAAUGUGCCAUGUAGCAGGAUGGGGUUGGACUGAAGAUAGUCAUCAGCGCAUUGUUCCUGACCUGAGAGUGGUGGGUGUGUCUGUCGUCGACCAGAACGUCUGUAGACGGCAAUGGUCUAAAACUAGAUUGAAUCUUCCUGCCCAUGUCAUCUGUGCAGGUGGAUAUAAAACACUUGAGGGAGCCUGCAAGGGUGAUUCUGGUGGUCCUCUGGUGUGCAACGGGGUGGCUGCUGGUGUCGUAUCUUUCGGAGAUCCAAAUUGUCGUGACCCAGACCUUCCCAAUGUCUACACAGACGUGUCCAAGUUCCUUCCCUGGAUCAACCAGAUUGUCAGUCGCAAUGGUUGUUAAAUGCAACAGCCUUACACAAAGCUUUGCUUCAGCAUACCUUCACUGUAUUUAGGAGGCGUAAUUAUGUCUAAAUCGCUCUGUCAGUGUUUGCUCCCGAACGCAAAGCAAAGUAAAAAAAUGUUUCAAACAUUCUUUCCUGUUUUCUUCUUUUAAAGACACACGUGGCAUUUUAGUUGUUCUUCUAGUAACAUAUCCACAAACUGUCUUUGGGUGAAAUAGAUGUGGGAUGCAGCAAAACUAUUAUAACUGGUAAGUGAUGAACGUUCGUUAAAGGAGAAUUCAUUACAGAAGGGCACAUUAUUACAGAAGCAGUGUGUCGAAGAGAUUAAAAAACAAUGAAAGUGUGAACGAACAGACAAAAAAAA